UGUUAUUGAUCAAUGAGGGAAACUAGCAUGGAUGACCUGUGCCGGCAGAGGCAGCUGUCACUUCCUUUAUAUUUGACAUUAGAAAAAAAAAAAUUAAGGCAACUUGCACGUGUAAAUCUUUCGUUAUUUUAAAUUAGACGCUAAAAUAAAGUUAAAUUUGUUAAUUUUAAUUUUUUAUCGCGUAAUAACGUGACGCUCCUGAUCAUAACAAAACGGGGUGCGACCAUCAAAUACAAAAAAGUUCGAGGAACGUUUUGCAAUCAUUCUCUCUCUUUCUCUCUUACGUGUUGUUGAAAGGGUGCAUUUCACGAUGUACCCGUGUGUUGUUAUUGCAAUUUAGAAGGCCCUGAUAAAGGGUGUGGUGUAAUUUUGGAGAACACAUUCAUCACGCGCCUAAAAGCGCGAUUCUCAAUGCAGACCUUACGAAGAAAGAACAGCCCCUGCAAAUUCAAAAAUGAGCCGACCAGAUUUUUGGGCGAGGGUGUGUCGUUUAAAGCGAAGUUGAUUGGAAUUUUGGAAGUGUCGGAAGCACGUGGGGACAGUAUGUGUCAGGCUGCAUUGGCGGAUUUAAAAAUGGCAAUUCGAGCUGCUGGCGAACAUAAACAACGAAUCACUGUCCAAAUUAGCAUCGAUGGUUUACGAUUACGCAAUGAGAAAACUGGAGACUGUCAGUACCACCAUCCAGUACAUAAAAUAUCCUUCAUUGCUCAAGAUAUAAGCGAUCCAAGAGCUUUUGGAUAUAUAUUUGGAUCACCCGAUAUGGGGCAUAGAUUUUUCGGUAUAAAAACGGAUAAAUCUGCAGGCCAGGUUGUAAUAGCGAUGAGAGAUCUUUUUCAAGUGGUUUUUGAACUUAAGAAGAAAGAAAUCGAACAAGCAAAGCUGCAUAUAGAACAAACCACAAUAAAGUUCCACCCAAGUGGAAUUUUUGUAGAGCCAUCGCCAGAUACAAAGGGUGCGGCAGGUAGCGAGACUUCUCACCAUCGGACAAUUUCCGAAGUCGAGAAAUCUAUUGGGAGAAAGCACGAGUCACAAAGUGGAGUGGUAGCAGAUCUUUUGGACCUACAGUUUGAACUGAACUCGUUACAGCAGGGCAUUCGACAAAUGGACAAGAUAACACCGGACAAUCCAAGGCCAAGCGAGGACCCAUUUGACGCUGAUCCCUUUGGAGACUCCUUCGCCAAUAUGAAGGUGAAGGAUAACGUUCAACCAAUAUUGCCGCCGCCGCCAUCUUCAAGGAAAAGUCAUCUCGAUCGACAGCAAUCUGUUCAGCAAACUUCUACUUCAUCUUCUUCUAGUCCUGUUACAACUGUUACCAGCAAGAGUCCUCCACCUUAUGGCUCAACUCACUGGUUCGACAAAGAAACAGAAGAUCUAUUUACCGAUGGAGAACUUUCAAAUUUGUCGAGGAAUCUUGGAUACGAUAAAGACAAAGAUAGUGACUCGAGUACUCCACGAAGUUAUUACAAGAGUCAACAAGUUGAUGUCUUUACGGAACUAGAUCCUUUAGGAACAGGAUCCAAAAAACCAUAUGUGGACAAAAAGGACUUUUUCCAACAUUUAAAAAAUCCCCCAAAAAAAGUAUUAAAAGAUCUAGCAACAACCAGUUCCAGUGAAACAUUCCCUGCAGACUUUAGGAUGUCGAAUAUCAACGAUCCAAUAGAACCUGUAAAGGUACAAAACACCACCUCUAGUUCUGAAAACUACGAUGAUAAUAGUUUCGCCAACUUUGAAAAAUUCAAUGAAGACGAAACAAGUCCCAGAACGAGUUCUCCACUAUUAAAGAAAGAAUCCUCUCCAAGGAACAAUUAUCAACCGCUAUCAGUUUCUCUACCACCUGAAGAAGAGAGACAAAAAAGUUUCAGUUCUACCUCAAAUACAUCAAUUCUGACUAAAAUGGAUAGGGACUCUACAGAAUCCACACAAGGAUUAAUAAAACUUCCAAGUCCAAGAAAGUAUUUACAAUAUUCGAGAAAAGAUUACGGAAUGGAUAGUAGAACACAAUCUAUAGAAAAGCCUUUUCCCAUUGAUUUUUCUAAUACAAGUGACUCACCAGCUUCUCCAUUAAAAUCCUGUUCCUCAGAAGCAACAUCAAGACUUUCAAACUCCAGUGUAGAAAUGGACAAUGUUCCUGAACCACCACCCAGAGGAUCUGGAAGUAUUAUGAUUAAUCCUCCUCCACUGCCACCGAAGAAACAGAGUUCUAGAGGUGCUAUAAAACCACCUCCAAGACCUCCGUACACUGAGGGGCAUUUUCACUACGACUUCCUAGAACGAGAAGAGGGAUCGCCGUCACCAACAAGAAAAGAAAGAAACAAAAGUCCUACAAGAGAUAUCAAAAGUCGUUUCGAUGAUAAUUUCAGUCCUCCAAUGCCACAAUUACCAAAGAGAUCUGAACAAUCAACCCUUUCGGAUUCCAGUUUUGAAGAUUCGUUUAGCUCGAUUAUUCCUCCUUCGUUGUCCACACUAUUCCAAAAUUCUGGAGCAAAUCAAACAUCAGAUAUUGAAGUUAAGAAACCCAAACUGCCUUUGUAUAUUACCCUGAGUCAAUUGACGGCUUCAAAUCUUAGUGAACUAGCGACAAGUCUCAAUAUGAGUGUAGAUGAAUUAACCAAUUUAAGGCUUCAGCAACUUACUGAAUGUUUAGCAGAAUUAUGUCUUAAAGAAGCAAUAGGUGUAAAAAAAGCUUCAACACCAGUAGUGGAAAAGGCUACUAAGGCGCAGUCCUCUGCUAAAAUGGUUGAGACAGCAUUCGUCUCCAAUGAGCCAUUAUUUAAAGCGAAUUUCGAUCAGGAAUCAAAAUUAUCCGAUAGUACUUAUGAUAAAUACGCGGUAUUUAGAGAACUGCUGCAAACCGAAAAAAAUGAUCUAGGAAGAAACGGAAGCGAUUCCAUAGACACAGAAAUUAGCGAGGAUUCAAGACCACCAGAAGAUGAGGAAUUUGAAACUAAUAAUAAGAUGGAUAAUAUUGUGUCUUUAAAGAACCUCACUGUUAAAUUGCCACCACUGAAUGACAGUUUGCUUAAACGAGAACAAACAUCAGAUGAAGAGGUACGACGUGAAUUUCCUGAAACUAAAAUAGAUAAUAUUAUGUCGAGUAGAAAAGAGGAUAAGGAGGAGGAAGAGGAGGAGAAGAAGCUUUCGCGAGAUUCCUCAAAAGACAGUGAGGAAGGCACUGAGCAAGAGGAUCAAAUCGAGGAUGGUGAGGAGGUAUUAAAGAAAUCUCAAUCGGAAAAUUCAGACAAAGACUCACCUCCAAAUGAAACAGAAAUCUCAUCAGAGAAAGUUGAAAUUAAACAAUCAACAUCGACAUCAAGUGAUCGGUAUGCUGCAUUAAGAGAAAUUAUGGAUACUACUGAACAAGUUUCCUUGGAUAUUGAAACAGAAUCUACUAAUUAUAUUACCUCACCAAUCAAGACUUCACCUAUUAAAAAAUCGUCUCGCAAAACUUCUCCAGUAAAAAUUUCACCUGCUAAAACAAAACCAUCUGCUGAAAUAGAUCUGAUGAGUUUAUUUUCUGACACACCACCUCAACUCCCACCAAAGAAUAAUAUCAAAAAAGAUACAAAGGCGGUGAUGGAUAUAUUCGAGGAAAUCAAAAUGUUGAAUGUUGAAACGCCAACUUCAGUUAAUAAAUCCAUGGCUGGAUUUGAAGAUGUUUUUUGUCCACUUUCAGAAUCAAAAUCAAUAAAGGAGGAGGUCAAGGAAGAGGAGAACUGGGCAAAAUUCGAUACAAAUGUCUUCCAUUCGGAAAAAUCUUAUGGAGAAAAUCAUGGUUCAGUUGGUGGCACAUCACCUUGGUCCCCAGAUGGUAAAGAAUUUUACAAGGAGCCACCAACAAGAACAGGAAUUCAGAGACAUUCAGGUGAAAGUGAUAAUGAGUGGAAAGAUGAAGAAGAGAGCGAGGAAAGUAAUGGAAGAUAUAAAGCAGAGGGUGUACCAUAUGGACGACCACCGUACGGAAUGAACUUUGAAGAACGUGCUUACUAUGAAGAGAAUAUGGAACCUGGUGACAAGGAUAGAAGUUUUCGAGAUAAAAUGGGAAAGAAGACAAGAGGAGUACCUUGGAGUAAACCAGGUCAUAGACUUCGCGAUCCAACACCUUGGCAUGAGGAUAGUCGUUGGGAGGAGGAAAGAAAAAGGCAUCUUCAUAGAAAAAUUCCCUAUAAGGAUGAAGAAGAAUAUAAAGCCUAUUGGAAGUGCAGACACAAACAAAGGCCUUGGAAUGGAGAUCGAGAAGGAUUCUGGCCACACGAUGAUCCAUAUUAUGAGGAGGAACGAAACAAGAGAAGACUGAUGUUAUGGAAUGAAGAAAGAGAUAGUAGAGAAAGAUUUAGUAGUCAAGAAAGUAUGGUUUACGAAGACGAGGAGAGAUGGUCGAGAAGGGAAUAUGAGAGAAGAAGAUGGGAAGCCGAUGGGACAUAUUGCAGUCGAAUGUACGGAAAACAUGAUCCACAUUAUGGCGGUAGAGAUGCCAGGCACUACGAUUAUCCGCCAGCGUGGGAGGAAGAUUAUGGUCCUGAACGAACAGAUGAUUCUCCUAGAUAUGCUUCUAGAAAGAGGCAUUGGCCUAAAAGACCAAACAGUGCAAACGACGGAAGAAACCAAGAAGUUUACUGUAGUGGACCACCGUUAUAUUCAAUGUCAAGGUCGGAAUGCAGUGACAACGAUUCUGAUCCAUAUCAUAGACCGCAUAGAUCAAGAAGUCGCGAUAGUUACUGGGGAAGUGACCAGGAAUUCGACAGUUGGGGCGAGAGACCUUAUUGGUCAGAGGGAACUGACGCGAAAAAUGAUUCAUUUCAUAAAAGAAGAAUGCCUAGGCGAACGAGAGUCCAAGCAAUUUUAUCGCAAAAUUCACCAUUUGAAGAUGACUUCACUCAACCAGGGGAACGUAAUGAACCUUCCGUGGAUUCAUUAAGCACUGAACCACGAACUCGCAUUGAAGUAGAAUUAAAAAAGUCUCCUAGUCCAAAAAAUAUCAAGGAACCCGGAAAAAGAGAAACUAGAUCUCACAAAAGUUCCAGCUACUUUGAAGAUGAUCUUACACCUACAGCAAGUGCUUCAAGUGAUGCUUCUGAUCGACCUAGACUUGGCUCAGAUCUUAAAGCAACUCCCGAAGAAUUACCUUCUGAUAUUAAAGAUCAGGAUACAUUUGUUAAUGAAGAGAGUAGUAGAGACAGUUUUUAUAACGGCGAUCAGCGUUUCGACGAUGACGCAUUUACAUUUCGCUCCGAGUUGGAAGAUCAAGUGUCAGAGAAGACUACGUUGAAGAACUCCAGGUCCAAUAAAUAUACUAGUAACAAAAUUAAAAGUGACCAAUAUAUCAAAAAGUCUGAAUCAGUCAACAUUUUCGCACGGGAAAACGAUCCAUUUGACGACGACGAAUUCUUUAACUGAUCCAAGGCCUCGAGUUCUAAAAAAAGAACUGGGUCUCCUCGCAUUACAUGGGAUCAGAGCACUUGCAUUUCUUAUUCGCGGCAAUCUCAAGGAACAUAAUUGUCACGAAUGUCGAUGUUUCUCCCAUUUCGAAAUGAAGAAUGGUAUUUUUAUAUCGGUCGAGCAUGUAGAAACACUUUCUGUUUUCCCUAGGCGUUUUAAAUGGUUAAUAAUUUUGAAUAUAGUUAUAACUGUACAGAAACCCAAGAGAACCUUCUCAAACGACUGAUGGGUUUUUCCAUUUUAUGUUGCAACAGAUAUUACGACUGUCUAAUUUGAAAAUAGUAAUUAAAAUUUACUAACACUAUUAAAUUAUUUUACGUAUAUUGUUGAACCAAUAUGACGAGAACUUCAUCACCAAAAACGCUGAAAUAAAUGAAGAUGUAAUUAGAAUACAUUUUUUUUUACUUAGAAUCAAUUUGGGACUAAUUAGAACUACAAUUCGGAAAAGUAUUUGUUACGUCUUUAAAGAAUUAAUGAUUAUAUAAAAGUAAAAUGUCUGUUUUUACAACCCCCAAUAGCAUAUCAUAUUCUGAGCAAUAAUGUGUCAAUAUUUCUGAGCAACAUUACCAAGCAAUAUUAUUUAAAAUUUGCCUGAAAUUAUUACAUCAAGUAAAUAUUGUAGCAAUAUGUUGUGAUAUUUGGGGCUAGAUUCAUCAAAAUAUAAAUCGAAUUGAUAAAAGGGUAUUUAGGUAUUUUAUAAUACAAUUGUAGUUGUUAAAUUAUUUACUUGUUUAUUAUUGAAAUUUUUAAAAUUAAAAAAACUAAUACCAAAUGUAGCUUAGUUAUAAGGUUGGAAAUUUUUUCACAACAAAGUUUGAUAAAAAUAUUAUUAACACUGUUUGGUAGAAAUAAUAAAAUUGGACAGUUGAUAAGUAUCUGCUGCAUUUAAUAGGCAAACGAAUGUUUUUAACUAUAAUUUUUUGUGCAAUUUAUUAUGGUUUUCUAAUAUAAGAGACUUCAAGGAAAAUUGGGGGCGUGUAUAAAAUUAAAAUUUGUAUGAAUAUGAUUGUUAUACCAUUAGUGAAGUUAACGUGUGCCCUGGACUGUUAUUGUGUGUGAUAAUGAUCGCUAAUUAUCAGUCUAAUAUAAUUUUUAUGUUAAAUGAGGUAAAUUAAUAGAUCUAUCGCUGUCAUUUUAGGAAAUUUUUCAAAAAAAAAACACUAAUAAAAUUGAAUGUCAUUCCUUACUGUUAAGACGUAACAAUUAAAAGACAGCGUGAGAUCUUAUGUUAGAAAAAAAUACGUUUUAUUAAUAAUUAAUAAAUAAAAUUUGUUGUUUUAAUAAACAAAACAUGUUUGCAUAGUUACAUUGUAAAUGGCAACUGUUUCUGUUUUUUUACCCUCGAAUAUUGGAUCAAAAUCCAAGAAAAGAAAAGAAAUCUAGUCAAUAAAUUCACGCUUCUCUUAAAUGUUGUAAUUUUUAAAUUAAAUAUUGACAAAUGACAAUAUUUACAUUGACUUCUAGUUGAUUUUAAGUUAAUUGAAUUCUGAAAAGUGACAGUACGAGGGUUAAUAACUCUAAUACAAUAAACGAUCAAUAAUUAAAUUACAAAAAUACUUUUUUAAAAAUAAUAAAUAUAGGAAAAAUGAAGUGUUAAAUUAUUUAUUUUCAAUAUCGCUCUAUAGAAGAAUUGUAUAAAUGUGUGCACUGUAACUAUAAAAAAAAAUUUAAAUAAUUCAUCAGGGAAACUCAAAACUUAGACGAAUUGUAGCUAAUAAACUGUUUAUUGUAUAAAAAUUUCCAACUCGUACUUCAUGAAGCAGAUUGUCUUGAUCGGUAACAAGAAGCAUAUCCAACAAUAAAGAUUUUAAAAAACCAAUUCAAA